GUCCGUUUCAUCACCGGAAACGCUGGUGUUAUCUUCCGGAGAGCAGGGGACUAAGCAUCGGCUGCUGCGUUUUGUCCUCGAACACGCCUAAAUCUGCUGAAAUUACUGUUCUUUCCUCAGUUUCUCGGCCCGAUCCACACCGUCCAGGCCCCAUGGGGAGGAGCAGAAGCCGCAGUCCGGCCCGCCGAGAGAGACGCCGAUCUCGCUCAGCUUCGAGAGAUCGCGAGAGGAAGCGGAGAGAGAGGGAGCGUUCCCGCUCCCGGGACCGAGACAGGAGGAGGAGCCGCUCGCGCUCCACCCACAGGCGGCGCUCCAGGUCUCCCCCGCGGCGCGCCCGGUCCGAGUCUGACUCCCCCUCCAGGCUGAAGGAGGCCAAGGAGAAGGAGGUGAAGCCCAUUGAGAUCUCAGCUGAAGACAUGAAAGACAAAACCGAAGAAGAGAUCGAAAUGAUGAAGACGAUGGGAUUUGGCUCCUUUGACACCACCAAGGGAAAGAAAACCAAAGGCUCGGUGAAUGCACAUGCUACAAAUGUUUCCCAGAAGAGAAAAUACAGGCUGAGAUCUGGUUCCACGUCUCGGAUAAAGUUUGUGAUGGAUUCUAUCAGACGAUUAGGUGAACUUAUUCGGCCUCCUCCGUCGGCAGUAUAUGAACAGGAAAGGUGGCUUCAACAGACCGCUGGACUUCAUCGCUUGAGGGCAGUUUGUGAAGAUGCUCGUAUAUCAACGCUCGUUUUUUCAUUUUGAUCUUGUGUGAGAAGUAGUCCUUUUUUUUUUUUUUCUCCAGACUUCUAUUGUGAGGGGAAAUAUUCUGUAAAUAUUUUUACCAAUUUAUGAAACUAAAUUGCAUUUUUUGACAGCUGGGGAAGAGAUGUCUGCAUCCAUGUAGUUUUCAUAUGAAACAAUAAAACAUUAAACAACAAUAAUGAUGCAUUGU